AUGACCGCGGAUAAAUUCACGAGACAGGCGCAGGAAGCGCUGCAACGCUCCCAGGAACUGGUGCGGAACUACCAACACAGCCAGUGGGACGUGGAGCACGUGCUGCUGGCCCUGGUGGCGCUGGAAGACGGGCUACCCGAGCAGAUAUUCAAGGAGCUGGGGGUUGAUCCGGAGCUGAUCAAGAGCGGGCUGCACCAGACGCUGGACGGCGUGCCGAAAGUGGUCUCGGGCUCGCAACAGAUCUUCAUCACGCCACGGCUACAGCGGAUGCUACAGCUGGCGGACGAGGAGGCCCAGCGGCUGAAGGACCAGUUCAUCAGCGUGGAGCACCUGCUGGUGGCGGCGGCCCGGGAGGACGCCGGCGAUUCCGCGCGGCUGUUCCGGGAGCUGGGCGUCAACCAGGAGAUGGUGUACCAGGCGAUGCAGAAGCUGCGCGGGUCGCACCGGGUGGACGACCAGAACGCGGAGCAGCGCUACCGCUCGCUGGAGAAGUACAGCGUGGACCUGACCGAGCUGGCGCGCGUCGGCAAGCUGGACCCGGUGGUGGGGCGCGACCAGGAAAUCCGGCAGGUGAUGCAGACCCUAACCCGGCGCACCAAGAACAACCCGGUGUUGAUCGGCGAGGCGGGCGUGGGCAAGACGGCCAUUGCCGAGGGCCUGGCCAGCAAGAUCAUCUGCGACGACGUGCCCGACUCGCUGCACAACAAGCGGGUGAUGGCGCUGGACAUGGGCCGGCUGGUGGCAGGGGCCAAGUUUCGUGGGGAGUUCGAGGAGCGGUUGAAGUCGGUUAUCGACGAGGUGACGUCGUCCAAUGGCGAAGUGAUCGUCUUCCUGGACGAGAUGCACACGCUGGUGGGCGCGGGAGGCGGCGAGGGCGGCCUGGAUGCAAGCAACAUGCUCAAGCCGGCGCUGGCGCGGGGCGAGUUGCAGGCCAUCGGGUCGACGACGCUGGACGAGUACCGCAAACACAUCGAGCGGGACCCGGCGCUGGCGCGGCGGUUCCAGCCGGUGUACGUGGAGGAGCCGACGCCGGAGCAGGCGCUGUCCAUCCUGGAGGCGCUGAAACCCCGCUAUGAAGCCCACCACCGGGUGACCAUCACCGACGGGGCCAUCGCGGCGGCGGUGCGCCUGAGCGACCGCUACAUCAGCGACCGCAAGCUGCCGGACAAGGCCAUCGACUUCAUGGACGAGGCGGGCAGCAAGGUGCGGAUCGACGCGGGCAUGCUGCCGCCCAAGCUGCAGGGCAUGGAAAACCGGCGGCGGGAACUGACGGACCUGGAAGAACGGGCCAACCAGUUGUCCGAUUACGAACGGGCGGCCCAGUACCGCACGGAGCGGCUGCGCCUGGAGGGGGAGCUGAAUACCGAGCACGAGGCCAUCGAGCACACCACGGGGCCGGACCUGGUGGUGAACGAGAAAGACAUCGCCGACCUGGUGUCCAACUGGACGGGCAUACCGGUGGGCCAGCUGAUGGAAGGCGAGGCCGACCGGCUGCUGCACAUGGAGGAGCACCUGCACCAGCGGGUGAUCGGGCAGCACGAGGCCAUCAACGCGGUGGCGGACACCAUACGCCGGGCGCGGUCGGGCCUGAACGACCCCAAGCGUCCCUUCGGCAGCUUCAUCUUCCUGGGACCCACCGGGGUUGGCAAGACCGAGUUGAGCCGGGCGCUGGCUGAGUUCCUCUUCAACGACGAGGACAGCAUGGUACGGCUGGAUAUGUCGGAGUACGGCGAGCGGCACACGGUGUCGCGGCUGAUCGGCGCGCCUCAGGCUACGUGGGGUAUGACGACGCCGGCCAGUUGA